UGGUCCCUCAGUAGGCGGCGGCGGCGGCGGCGAUGGCGGCUGGACGGUCCGGCAGCCGCUGCUGCCGCUGCUGGGGAUCUCCGCUGCCGCUGCUCGUGGGCAGGGGCCUGGGCCUCCUCCUGCUGCUACUGCUGCCCGUGCCGCCCGCUCAGGCCCGGAGCCUCCGCUUCGUGAUUUUGUUAUAUCGACAUGGAGAUCGCUCCCCUGUCAAGGCCUAUCCUAAGGACCCCUAUCAGGAGGGAAAGUGGCCUCAAGGCUUUGGCCAGCUAACCAAGAUGGGGAUGCUGCAGCACUGGGAGCUGGGCCAGGCUUUACGGCAGCGCUACCAGGGCUUCCUCAAUGCUUCCUACCACCGGGAAGAGGUUUACAUUCGAAGCACAGACUUUGACCGCACCCUUAUGAGUGCUGAGGCCAAUCUGGCUGGACUCUUCCCGGUUGAGGGCGCGCAGUCUUUUAAUCCAAACAUCACAUGGCAGCCUAUCCCUGUCCAUACUGUUCCUGAGGCCCAGGAUAAGCUGUUGAAGUUCCCACUGGGCCCGUGUCCUCGGUUUGAGCAGCUACAGAAUGAGACUCGCCAGACCCCCGAAUACCAAAAUGAGACAGUUCAGAAUGCUCAAUUUCUGGAGAUGGUGGCUAAUGAGACAGGUGUCACAGACGUAACACUAGAGACAGCCUGGAACAUCUACGACACUCUCUUCUGCGAGCAAACCCAUGGCCUGUCCUUACCGCCCUGGGCGUCGCCUCAGACCAUGCAGCGCCUUCGGCAGCUUAAGGAUCUCAGCUUCCGGUUCCUUUUUGGGAUGUACCAGCAGACAGAGAAAGCCCGGCUUCAGGGAGGGGUCCUCCUAGGCGAGAUCCGCAAGAACCUGACUUGGGCAGCGUCGGCCUCCCAGCACCCCAAGUUGCUCAUCUACUCUGCGCAUGACACCACACUGGUAGCACUGCAGAUGGCUUUGGACAUCUACAAUGGGGAACAAGCUCCCUACGCCUCCUGCCACAUGUUUGAACUUUACCAGGAAGACGAUGGGAAUUUUUCCGUGGAGAUGUAUUUCCGGAACGACAGUACCAAGGCUCCAUGGCCCCUGGCCCUGCUGGACUGCUCCCAGCGCUGCCCCCUCCCAGACUUCUUACGCCUCACUCUGCACCUCGUGCCAGAAGACUGGGAACAGGAAUGCCAGGUGACAAGCAGCCUCGCAGAGACAGAGGUGAUCGUGGCCUUGGCUGUUUGCGGCUCCAUCCUCUUCUUGCUCAUCCUGUUACUGCUCACAGUCCUCUUCCGAAUGCAGGCCCAGCCUCCAGGUUACCGCCAUAUUGCUGAUGGGGAAGACCAUGCCUGACAAGAACACUAGGCCCCCUCCCUACAGCCUCGUGGAGGUGGUCCAGCCCCUUGCCUCCUGCCUCUUCCCAUUCUAUAGACAGGAGGCCUCUGGCUGGACUGCCCUCUGAUUGUGCCCAGGCUAGGAAAGCUGGGAAGCCAAUUUGAUGCAGACACAUACACCUCUGAGCCCAGUGCUGCCCUAACCCCAGGACCCUCCUCACCCAGCAUUUCUGAGCAGGUGUGUGAGGCUUUGUUGUCUUCUGCCUCCCAGCCCUGGGAAGCAGGACAGAGCAGCACCAAUGCAUUUCAUGCUGGGUAAGUACCUAGCAAUCAAACGAAGGGAGUCCUUAGGCCAACCCAAAGUAGUUUUGGCACUACUUUCUACAACAGCAGGUGGCUCACAGGACAUUCUAUUGUAUCUCCCACCACCCCCAUGCCUAAUUUAACCAGGCCUCUCUUCCUGCCCUCAAGGUAGGGGUCAUAGCCCCAGUUCAUUGAGGUUGGAAGCCUCAGGGUUAGUUGCUGCUGUUUCUACUCUUCUGAAUCCUGAGCUGGCUUGAAGAAUGCAUAUAAAGGGAUGGGGGGGAGGGGGGUACAGGCACAUACAGGACACAGAAGACACACAAGCCCUAGGCAAACGCAGGUCGUGAGCUGCACAGCUCUGGGCUGUAGCCCAGAGGGGACGAAGGUGGACCCCAAGGGGAAUGAAAGUGUUGAACUCUCCA